GCGCGGGGCCGGUGUCGCGGCCAUGGCGGAGCGGGCCGGGGGCGGCGCGGGCAGCGGGAAGAUGUCCCUGCACAGAUGUGAAACCUGUAGCAAAGAAGAAGCUAAAUACAGAUGUCCACGAUGCAUGAAAUAUUCGUGCAGUCUGUUGUGUGUAAAGAAACAUAAGCUUGCACUGAGCUGUAACGGAGUCAGGGAUAAAACAGCAUUUGUCUCUGUAAAUGAAUUUACUGACUUGAACCUUUUGAGUGAUUAUCGUUUCCUGGAAGAUGUAGGAAGGACAGCUGAUGCUGCUGCUCGACAUUGCACUGUGCAUAGUCCAGCAACAAAAAGACUUUUACAGUGUUUGAGAAACAAAGCUCGAGGGUGUAAUAUUGAGCUGAAAACACUCCCUGUGGGAUUUACAAAAAGAAGAGAAAAUUCAACCACGUUCAAUUCCAUGGAGAACAAGUUCUACUGGCAUUUGAAGCUCGUAUUUCCUCACUGUCAUGCUGAGUACACUUUAAAACGGGUGCCUGAUGAUAAAACACUCACUGAUAUCCUAAAGCCGUACAUUGAUCCAGUGGAGUCGGAUCCUGUAGUUUGUCAGAGAUUAAAAAUCUAUACAGCAUCUCCUCAGUCAGAUGUACAAAUUUUAAUGAAAAUAGAAAACAGGAGCCGAAACUCUGUCAGGUACAAUGAACUGGAUGCCAGUAGAAGCCUCUUAGACAAUUUGAAAGGCAAAGUAAUAAUUGAGUAUCCAACAUUAUUUGUGGUCUUGAAAACACUGAAGAAUGACAUGGUGGUUCUCGGCAAAGAUGGCAGUGAACCUGUAGAGAACUCGGACAGUGAAAGUUCAUCUAUUUCAUCUAUGGAGGAAGGGGAAAUUCGGGACAGUUCAUGACGGUGCUUUGAGAGGAGAGGGUGGAAUGAGCUUUUUGGGUUUUUUAAUUAUUUAAUUAAAUGAUUUUUUUAUACAACUGAA